AAGAUAAGGCAUCACGGACACCACACCGGGCACGAGCUCACAGGCAAGUCAAGCUGGGAGGACCAAGGCCGGGCAGCCGGGAGCACCCAAGGCAGGAAAAUGAGACCUACAUUCAUGUCUUUCAGGUGGCUGCUUCUCUAUUAUGCUCUGUGCUUCUCCCUGUCAAAGGCUUCAGCCCACACCGUGGAGCUAAACGAUAUGUUUGGCCAGAUCCAGUCGCCUGGUUAUCCAGACUCCUAUCCCAGUGAUUCAGAGGUGACUUGGAAUAUCACUGUCCCAGAUGGGUUUCGGAUCAAGCUUUACUUCAUGCACUUCAACUUGGAAUCCUCCUACCUUUGUGAAUAUGACUAUGUGAAGGUAGAAACUGAGGACCAGGUGCUGGCAACCUUCUGUGGCAGGGAGACCACAGACACAGAGCAGACUCCCGGCCAGGAGGUGGUCCUCUCCCCUGGCUCCUUCAUGUCCAUCACUUUCCGGUCAGAUUUCUCCAAUGAGGAGCGAUUCACAGGCUUUGAUGCCCACUACAUGGCUGUGGAUGUGGACGAGUGCAAGGAGAGGGAGGACGAGGAGCUGUCCUGUGACCACUACUGCCACAACUACAUUGGCGGCUACUACUGCUCCUGCCGCUUCGGCUACAUCCUCCACACAGACAACAGGACCUGCCGAGUGGAGUGCAGUGACAACCUCUUCACUCAAAGGACUGGGGUGAUCACCAGCCCUGACUUCCCAAACCCUUACCCCAAGAGCUCUGAAUGCCUCUAUACCAUCGAGCUGGAGGAGGGUUUCAUGGUCAACCUGCAGUUUGAGGACAUAUUUGACAUUGAGGACCAUCCUGAGGUGCCCUGCCCCUAUGACUACAUCAAGAUCAAAGUUGGUCCAAAAGUUUUGGGGCCUUUCUGUGGAGAGAAAGCCCCAGAACCCAUCAGCACCCAGAGCCACAGUGUCCUGAUCCUGUUCCAUAGUGACAACUCAGGAGAGAACCGGGGCUGGAGGCUCUCAUACAGGGCUGCAGGAAAUGAGUGCCCAGAGCUACAGCCUCCUGUCCAUGGGAAAAUCGAGCCCUCCCAAGCCAAGUAUUUCUUCAAAGACCAAGUGCUCGUCAGCUGUGACACAGGCUACAAAGUGCUGAAGGAUAAUGUGGAGAUGGACACAUUCCAGAUUGAGUGUCUGAAGGAUGGGACGUGGAGUAACAAGAUUCCCACCUGUAAAAUUGUAGACUGUAGAGCCCCAGGAGAGCUGGAACACGGGCUGAUCACCUUCUCCACAAGGAACAACCUCACCACAUACAAGUCUGAGAUCAAAUACUCCUGUCAGGAGCCAUAUUACAAGAUGCUCAACAAUAACACAGGUAUAUAUACCUGUUCUGCCCAAGGAGUCUGGAUGAAUAAAGUAUUGGGGAGAAGCCUACCCACCUGCCUUCCAGUGUGUGGGCUCCCCAAGUUCUCCCGGAAGCUGAUGGCCAGGAUCUUCAAUGGACACCCAGCCCAGAAAGGCACCACUCCCUGGAUUGCCAUGCUGUCACACCUGAAUGGGCAGCCCUUCUGCGGAGGCUCCCUUCUAGGCUCCAGCUGGAUCGUGACUGCCGCACACUGCCUCCACCAGUCGCUCGAUCUGGAAGAUCCGACCCUACAUGACUCAGACUUGCUCAGCCCUUCUGACUUCAAAAUCAUCCUGGGCAAGCAUUGGAGGCUCCGGUCAGAUGAAAAUGAACAGCAUCUCGGUGUCAAACACAUCACUCUCCACCCCCAGUAUGAUCCCAACACAUUCAAGAAUGACGUGGCUCUGGUGGAGCUGUUGGAGAGCCCAGUGCUGAAUGCCUUCGUGAUGCCCAUCUGUCUGCCUGAGGGACCCCAGCAGGAAGGAGCCAUGGUCAUCGUCAGCGGCUGGGGGAAGCAGUUCUUGCAAAGGUUCCCAGAGACCCUGAUGGAGAUUGAAAUCCCGAUUGUUGACCACAGCACCUGCCAGAAGGCUUAUGCCCCGCUGAAGAAGAAAGUGACCAGGGACAUGAUCUGUGCUGGGGAGAAGGAAGGGGGAAAGGACGCCUGUGCGGGUGACUCUGGAGGCCCCAUGGUGACCCUGAAUAGAGAAAGAGGCCAGUGGUACCUGGUGGGCACUGUGUCCUGGGGUGAGGACUGUGGGAAGAAGGACCGCUACGGAGUAUACUCUUACAUCCACCACAACAAGGACUGGAUCCAGAGGGUCACCGGAGUGAGGAACUGAAUUUGGCUCCUCAGCCCCAGCACCACCAGCUGUGGGCAGUCAGUAGCAGAGGACGAUCCUCCAAUGAAAGCAGCCAUUUAUCCUUUCCUUCCUCCCAUCCCCCCUCCUUCAGCCUAUCCAUUACUGGGCAAUAGAGCAGGUAUCUUCACCCCCUUUUCACUCUCUUUAAAGAGAUGGAGCAGGGGAGUGGUCAGAACACAGGCCGAAUCCAGGCUCUAUCACUUACUAGUUUUCAGUGCUGGGCAGGUGACUUCAUCUCUUCGAACCUCAGUUUCUUCAUAAGAUGGAAACGCUAUACCUUACCUACCUCGUAAAAGUCUGAUGAGGAAAAGAUUAACUAAUAGAUGCAUAGCACUUAACACAGUGCAUAGCAUACACUGUUUUCAAUAAAUGCACCUUAGCAGAAGGUCGGUGUGUCUACCAGGCAGAAGCUCUCUUACAAACCCCUGCCUGGGUCUUAGCAUUGAUCAGUGACACACCUCUACCCCUCAACCUUGACCAUCUCCAUCUGCCCUUAAAUGCUGUAUGCUUUUUUGCCACCGUGCAACUUUCCCAACAUCAAUCUUCACCCUCAUCCCUAAAAAAGUAAAACAGACAAGGUUCUGAGUCCUGUGGUAUGUCCCCUAGCAAUGUAGCUAGGAACAUGCACCAGAUGCCAGAUUGCGGGAGGGCCUGAGAGAAGCAGGGACAGGAGGGAGCCUGGGGAUUGUGGUUUGGGAAGGCAGACACCUGGUUCUAGAACUAGCUCUGCCCUUAGCCCCCUGUAUGACCCUAUGCAAGUCCUUCUCCCUCAUCUCAAAGGGUCCUCCAAGCUCUGACGAUCUAAGAUACAAUGAAGCCAUUUUCCCCCUGAUAAGAUGAGGUAAAGCCAAUGUAACCAAAAGGCAAAAAUUACAAUCGGUUCAAAGGAACUUUGAUGCAGACAAAAUGCUGCUGCUGAUCCUGAAAUACCCACCCCUUUCCACUACGGGUGGGUUCCCAAGGACAUGGGACAGGCAAAGUGUGAGCCAAAGGAUCCUUCCUUAUUCCUAAGCAGAGCAUCUGCUCUGGGCUCUGGCCUCCUUCCCUUCUUGGGAAACCGGGCUGCACGAGGUGGGCCCUGGUAGUUUGUACCCCAGGCCCCUACACUCUUCCUUCCUAUGUCCACAGCUGACCCCAAGCAGCCGUUCCCCAACUCCUCACCCCUGAGCCUCACCCUGAACUCCCUCAUCUUGCAAGGCCAUAAGUGUUUUCCAAGCAAAAUGCCUCUCCCAUCCUCUCUCAGGAAGCUUCUAGAGACCUUAUGCCCUCCAGAGCUCUAAGAUAUAAGCCCUCCAAGGGAUCAGAAGCUCCAAGCUCCUGUCUUCUGUUUUAUAGAAAUUGAUCUUCCCUGGGGGACUUUAACUCUUGACCUGUAUGCAGCUGUUGGAGUAAUUCCAGGUCUCUUGAAAAAAAAGAGGAAGAUAAUGGAGAAUGAGAACAUAUAUAUAUAUAUAUAUAUAUAUAUAUAUAUAUAUAUAUAUAUAUAUAUAUAUAUAUAUAUAUAUAAAGCCCCAGGCUGAAUACUCAGGGACAGCAAUUCACAGCCUGCCUCUGGUUCUAUAAACAAGUCAUUCUACCUCUUUGUGCCCUGCUGUUUAUUCUGUAAGGGGAAGGUGGCAAUGGGACCCAGCUCCAUCAGACACUUGUCAAGCUAGCAGAAACUCCAUUUUCAAUGCCAAAGAAGAACUGUAAUGCUGUUUUGGAAUCAUCCCAAGGCAUCCCAAGACACCAUACCUUCCCAUUUCAAGCACUGCCUGGGCACACCCCAACAUCCCAGGCUGUGGUGGCUGCUGUGGGAACUACCUAGAUGAAGACAGUAUCAUUUAUACCUUCUAGGAGCUCCUAUUGGGAGACAUGAAACAUAUGUAAGUGACUACCAUGUAAUAGAACAAACCCUGCCAAGUGCUGCUUUGGGAAGUCAUGGAGGUAAAAGAAAGACCAUUCUGGUAUGAAGGUUUUGGAGGAGGAGAUAUCAAUCAAGAAGGCUUCCCAGAAGAGGUGACUGGACCAGAGCCUUGUCCACAGGUAAGACGGAGGAGGCCUUCCAGAUGGAGGAGAACAAUAGUAAAUGUCCACUCAAGAUGUCCUUUAUUAUACCAGCUCCUCCCACAAAAACACAUGUCCAGUAGACUCUUUUUCUGGGAUCAGAACCAACACCAAAAAGAGCUGUUCUCCUUAAAGUUAGAAUUCUAAACAGGACUUGAAAUGGCCUCAAGGUUUGUGCACAAAUAUUGACUUCUGGCUGGACCCAGCUUAUUCUGUUUAUUUCUCCAAUUGCAAUUUCAUCCUUAUCCUGAGAAAAUGUCUAAAUAGGCCAUGGAACCCAGGCUUCCCCGUGAUCUACAAGCACUUAUUAGCUGUGCCAGCUCCUGCACUGCUGCUAAGGUCCAAGAAACCCAGAUCUCUCAGAGCCAUAGAAACAGAGGGCUGGAGUAUCUGUGAGGACAACAACCUUGUCUAACUUCACGACCUCAUUCUUGAGCAUUUCUACUGAUGAGAAACUCACUACCCCCAAUUGCAGCUCAUUCAACUUUAAAAUUGCUGCUUUUUGAAUCACUGAUUGUGAAUAUUAAUUUAAAAAAAUAAGGAAGAAAAUGUUUUAAAUGUGCUGCCUCUUUAAAAGGUCUCCUCUUUGUGCAACCAAAACCCACCUCUCUAGAAUACAGUUUGUAUAACCGAAGCUAUAAUUUCAUACCAUGAGUGCUGCUGUUAGCAAUAAUAAUCAUGCCCGGAUUUUAUUAACAACAGAAGCUGUUGCUCGUAUGAAAAAACAAACAUUAGUUCCAAUAAACAUCUGCAUUGAGUCAAA